GGCUGCGCGUGUCCCACCCGGCUUGCCGUCCUCGCCGCCAUGGCUGCCGCCACACUCCCCGCGGGGCUGGCUCUGCAGCCCGCGGCCACGACCCUGCGUGCCUUCUGCACCGCUGUAUCUCCGGCCACCCGCUCUGCGACACGAAGCCCGCGUACAACAGGCAGAACAUCCAGAUAUGAAAGACCACUGAGGAGAAAGGCAUUACCUCCUAGGACAGAGAAAAUGACUGCUGACCUGGACUGGCCCAGUGUGUAUCCUGUUGCAGCACCAUUUAAACCCUCUGCUGUGCCUCUUCCUGUUCGAAUGGGUUAUCCAGUCAAAAGGGGGGUGCCCAUGGCAAAGGAGGGAAAUCUAGAACUUUUAAAGAUCCCCAAUUUUCUGCAUUUGACACCCGUAGCAAUUAAAAAGCACUGUGAAGCUCUUAAAGAUUUCUGCACUGAAUGGCCAGCUGCACUAGACAGUGAUGAGAAAUGUGAGAAGCAUUUUCCCAUUGAAAUCGACACAGCUGAUUAUGUUUCAGCAGGACCAUCGAUUAGAAACCCCAAAGCACGAGUAGUAACUUUAAGGGUUAAACUUUCCAGUCUGAAUUUAGAUGAUCAUGCAAAGAAGAAACUUAUGAAACUUGUGGGCGAGCGAUACUGCAAGUCCACCGAUGUGCUUACCAUCAGGACAGACAGGUGCCCUUUAAAGAGACAGAAUUAUGAUUAUGCAAUGUAUCUGCUAACAGUUUUAUACCAUGAGUCUUGGAAAACCGAAGAAUGGGAGAAAGAGAAGACUGAGGCAGACAUGGAAGAGUAUAUAUGGAAAAAUAGCCCCUCUGAAAAAAAUAUCCUGGAAACACUUCUCCAAAUUAACGCUGCUGAGAAGAAUCCGGAAGUAAACAAAGAAGAGCUCCUUGGUACAAAGGAAGUUGAAGAUUACAGAAAGUCUGUUGUUAGUCUUAAGAAUGAGGGGGACAAUGAAAACGCCCUUUCUCAGUACAAAGAAUCAGUGAAGAAGCUAUUAAAACUGAUGUGACUUAUGUAGAAUAAACUGCUUGAUAUGUUAAUUUUA